UGUUAUCUCCCUACACCAAGGGUGGGGCCGAUAGGCGGGUAGAGUGCAGAAAUAAUUUUCACAUUUUCUCCUCAGAGAUAAGAAUAAGAUCUAGGAGUCAGAUUUAAAAUCUUGUGGGGAUUCUAGUUAUAACUGUCUUGAGAUUUCCCCAUCAACCUCAUCUCCUGGCUCCCCAGGGGUCUCUUUUUCCCCAUUCUGCCCUAGGAGUUGACCUUCACAGCUGUCUUCUAGAAGUCGACAUUCCAGGAUAUCUCCGUCUGGUCGGAGGGGAAGGGAAUGCUUCCUCCUUUGCUUCUCUGGCCCACUGCGAGUAGUCUCCACACCCCUGGCGUCUCCUAGGUGUUAAAGCCACAGAUAUCACAGCUUCCUGGAAGCCAGCGCUUUCUCAAGCCUGUCUUUGCAAGGUCUGCCCAUCUGGUGCAAUGAUACUGUCCGCAAAAACGAGGCUGCUGCUGCUCCUGGUCUCCCAGGCAGCGAUCCUCGCUCUAUUCCUCCGCAUGUACAACUACAGCCAAGGCUCCCCAUCCGGGAGCGACGAGCCCAAGCACAUGCACGUGCACGUGCUAGUCCUGUCUUCGUGGCGCUCUGGCUCUUCGUUUGUGGGGCAGCUUUUUGGGCAGCACCCAGACGUCUUCUACCUGAUGGAGCCCGCCUGGCACGUGUGGAUGACCUUCACCCAGAGCGCCGCCUGGAGGCUGGACAUGGCCAUGCGGGACCUGAUCAGGUCCAUUUUCCUGUGCGACAUGAGUGUCUUCGAUGCCUACAUGCAACCUGGUCCCCGGAGGCAGUCCAGCCUCUUCCAGUGGGACGACAGCCGGGCCCUGUGUUCCCCGCCCGCCUGCAACCUCUUCUCGCGGGACGAGAUCAUCCUCCCGGAUCACUGCAGACUCCUGUGCAACCAACAGCCCUUCGAGGUGGUGGAGAAGGCCUGCCGCUCCUACAGCCACGUGGUGCUCAAGGAGGUGCGCUUCCUCAACCUGCAGUCCCUCUACCCGCUGCUGACGGACCCGUCCCUCAACCUGACCAUCGUGCACCUGGUCCGGGACCCCCGGGCUGUGUUCCGGUCCCGAGAACACACCCAGGGGGAGCUCAUGAUUGACAGCCGCAUGGUGCUGGGGGAGAGGUGGCACAAACGCAAGAAAGAGGACCAGCCCUACGAUGUGCUGCAGGUCAUCUGCCAAGGCCAGCUGGAGAUCUACAAGGCCGUCCGGUCCUUGCCCAAGGCCUUGCGGCAACGCUACCUGCUGGUGCGCUACGAGGACCUGGUGCGGGCACCCCUGGCCCAGACCUCCCGCAUGUAUGCCUACGUGGGCCUGGAAUUCCUGCCGCGCCUCCAGACCUGGGUGCACAACAUCACCCGCGGCAAGGGCCUGGGCGAGCACGCCUUCCACACCAACGCCAGGGACGCCGUCAACGUCUCCCAGGUGUGGCGCUGGUCUUUGCCUUUUGAAAAGGUUUCUAGAGUUCAAAAUGUCUGUGGUGAUACUAUGAAUUUGCUGGGCUACCGCCAAGUCAGGUCUGAACAAGAGCAGAGAGACCUGUCACUGGAGCUUCUGUCUACCUGGACCUUUUCUGAGCAAAAUGAUCAGGAGGGCUAAGGAGGUGCCGGCCUCGGCCAUGUCCAUAGAACGCUCCUGAGCCUUCCUUUGUCUCCGCAUAUUGAGCACAGUUGUGCCACCCACCCUCGGGCAGAAGGAUCUCUGUGUCCAUCCUCAUGCCUGUAAAAGAGACUCGGAAACUGCAUGUGGGCCGCACAUCCCAGCACUGAGACGGGGAGUCGCCUUUCUCCUCUUCUCGAGUCCCCACCUGUGCCUACUUGGUACACUUGGUGGCUCAGAGGCCUGUUAGGCACCACGCGGCAUCAGCGGAGUAAAUCCAUAAACCUUCCGGUCCACAUCUGGCCCGAUGCGAAGCGGAGAGACAAUAAAAACCAGGGAAAUGGGCCUUCCACCAAAGAGUUCGCCAACACAUUCCACGGAGAUGUGAACUCUGAGCCCUCAGUUUCCAGUGGAUUCCAGGAAGGAAGCAGUUGGAUGCUCACCUGUGAGCCUGGCCAUUACGGUUAUCACAAACACACACAAAACAAAAUCCCUGGACAACAGAGCAGGCUCUUAGAUAGUGGGCCCAGUCUGAACGUUUUGUCUCAGCAUUCUGUCUCAGCAUUCUCCUAUCACACAGAAGAAUUUGACCUGGGAAGCUGCUAUCCAUUAAUGCAAAAUUCCAAAAGAAGAUUCUGUUUGGGAUGUCUCCUUUCAUGAUGUCUCAUUGCUGGCAGUAAACACUCAUUGUUAUGGGAUCCUAACCCAAGAAUUUAUGUAAUCAUUGUUAAGAAUUCUUUUUUCUAUUUUGAUAGAUAAUCUGUCACCUACAUGUACAAAAAAUUGCUAAGACAAUAUCUGCUGUCAGAUGAUGAAAUGUCUAUACCCUCUUAAGAAUCAGUAGGAAAUAGACAACCUGCAACUAAACCCUUUCUAUGCUGUGUGAAGCCCAAGUUAUCACUUCUAGGGCAGUGGUUCUCAAUCUUCCUAAUGCUGCAAUGUAUUUUCAUUGCUAAAAAGAAGUCGUGACCCACUGGUUGAGAACCACUGCUCUAGGGUCUGAGCAGAGUUCUUUUCCUCUCACCCCCCAAGCCAGAGGGCUCCAGUUCUCGUGUGAUUGGUGCUGUCUCUUCCCAGCCACCUCCCUUAGUAAGAAAAGGUGUUCUCCUAGUCUUGGCAGGAACCCCUCACGUAGUUGUACAUCAGAAUCGCCUGUUAAAAAUGUAGACUGCCACAUCCGACCUCUAGUCUGCUGGAAGCAGAAUGCCCCAGGGUGGGGCUGGGAUUCCAUAUGUUUGUCAAGCUUCCUUGGUGACUCUUCCAUGGCCAGCCUGGCACUAGCACACCCUGCACUGGGCAGCAGCACUGUUCACCUUCUUGCUCCCAGACAGGUGACUUUUCAGCACACAUACAGUAUAGUAUGCAUGCCCCACCACCACUACCUGUGCUGUCCUUGGGUGGGAAAGAAUAGGAAGAAGGUCCUUAUAUGUGUCUGGAACUCCACAGACCUCUGAGUCCUGACUUUUUCAUAUCUCACUUCAUCCAAACCUGAGAGAUUCUGUCAUUUCCUCUUUCCUUUUGUUUCCACUUUUUGGCAGGCUUCUCACUUCAUAAAGCUUCCUCAAGCUCAGAUCAGACUUCUCCCACUUGAAUCUGCUGAGGAAGGCCUGAGAUUCUACACCAUCUGAAGUACUUGAAAAGCUACCUUUUCCAACAGGGUCAGUUGAAGUUCAAUUACAUGUGGCUUUAAAGGAGCUAAAUUAUUCUAAUGUCCAAACCCAAGCCACUCUAGAAACUCCUCAAGAGUGUAGGAUAUGGCCAGGCAGGUGGCUCAUGCUUGUAAUCCUAGCAUUCUGGGAGGCCGAGAUGGGUAGAUUGCCUAAGUUCAGGAGUUCAAGACCAGCCUGAGCAAAAGCAAGACCUCAUCUCUACUAAAAAUAGAAAAACUACCCAGGCAUGGUGGCAGGAGGCUGUAGUCUCAGCUACUUAGGAGGCUGAAGCAGGAGGAUCAAUUGAAUCCAAGAGUUUAAGGUUGCCAUGAGCUAUGAUGAUGCCACAGCACUCUACAACAGAGUGAAACUGCCUCAAAAAAUAAUAAUAAUGAAUAAGAAUGUAGGAUCUCCCACACAAAUGCUUGAUCUACUGACCUUCCCAAACAAUGUGACAGUAAAAUUUCCCCAGGAUUAAGAAAGGAUGGCGUUACUGAGGGAACAGUGAUAGAUUCCACCAUAUCUGGUUUCCCCUGACAAUCCAGCCUCUGCCUGAAUUGUUUUAAAGUUAGCAGUCUCCUUAGGAAUCACCUCUAUAUGAUGCCUGCUUGUCUUUCUCCAAAAUAAGAAAAUAAACCAAGAUCUUAUUCAGGAUCCACUUGACAAUAGAUUUAAAUUUCUUGUGUUCUAAGUUCUACAUGUCCAUUGGAGUCCAGCAUCCAACAGCCACACUCUUCGAAGGAGAGUCUUUGUUCUCCAAUAGAAUAGCCACUAAGCACUAGUAGAUGUUUAGAUUUAAAUUAGUUAAUAAAAAUUCUGUUCCUCAGUUGCCACAUUUCAUAUGCUCAGUAGGCAUGUGCCUAGAAACUACUGUAUUCACUACACAGAUAUAGAUCAUUCCCAUCAUUGCAAAAGUCCUAAUGGACAGCUCUGGUCUCAUUCAUUUUUAUUUGUGCAGCAUCUUAUCCCUAACUUCAACCCAAUCCCCCAACCAAAAAACUUUAAAGAAUAUAUAAUAAUACUAUCAUGGCAUAUUUAUAUAAGAUUGUAUAGUAUAAAAGCAUGCUAUAUUAUCUCUUUAAAAAUCUGACCCAUGUUGAAUAAGACUUCAGUGAACAACAACACAGUUUUUGACAAGUGAUGUGUUCAGGUGGUCUAGUAUUGGGAUUCAUGAUAAGUGACUGUACACUCAAUUAUAAGACAUGGGGAGUUUGGAGAACUGAAAACUGGUGACUGGUGUAGAAGAUAGUGUUCUGCUAGACACCCUUUCUGAUUUGGAGACAUCUGUCCCAUUCCCAACCCCCAGCCAUAGAAAGGCAUUUCUGUACCUCCUUAGCCUCUUUAGUUGUAUAGGGUCAAAGAAUAUGUUUAAACAUAGAUCAUGGAUGGAUUUGAUCUAAAUUUCUCAGAGCUGAUGAGCUUUCUCACAUCUAGAGUAAACAGCCCAAAAUGCCUAAUUGCAAUAGAUGUCUUUAUAAAAAACUAAACUGGGAGCUACCACCAAGCCCUACAGUUUUGGAGAAUGCAAAGAAAGGGGUCUCAAAAAAAUUUUUUUUAAGUCUCACUAUGUUGCCCUCAGUAGAGUGCUGUGGCAUCACAACUCACAGCAACCUCAAACUCUUGGGCUUCGGGGGGCGCCUGUGGC